AUGUUCAAAAAAUUUGAACCGAAAGAAGACAUUGUUGGAGUUCAGCAGUUAAAAUCUUCAGCACAAAAACAAAUUAGAGCCAAAAUUUUGGAACAAUAUCCUUCAUUGGAGAGUUAUAUAAACGAAAUUCUUCCUAAAAAGGAGAGUUUUAAGCUUGUUAAAUGCAAAGAUCAUAUUGAACUAAUUGCCGAUUUCGAAGGUAAUAUUAUAUUUAUAAAGCCGAGGGAUAUUUCUUAUAUUCCAUCUCUUCGAUUACUUCAUAAAUAUCCUUUCAUGAUGCCUCAUCAACAGGUCGACAAAGGAGCAAUAAAAUUCGUGCUUAACGGCUCACAAAUUAUGUGUCCGGGUUUAACAAGUCCUGGUGCAAAAAUGAACGAGGAUAUCCCAAAGGAUUCUUUAGUUGCAAUAAUGGCGGAAGGGAAAGAACACGCUUUGGCAAUAGGAAUUAUGAAAUUAUCUCCCGAAGAAAUUCGAUCAGUGAACAAGGGCAUUGGCAUAGAAAAUUUACAUCAUUUAAAUGAUGGUAUGUGGAAACUUGCAACUAUCUCAUAA